GGACAACGAUGAUGACGAAUGGAGCCCGGUAAAGACCAAGAAGCUGAACGUUAGCGGUGGUGGUGCGAUAUCCAAGAAGCGUACCAGCAGCCGCCCGUACGGGCGCGGCACCGAGGAAAAGAAGUCGCGCAAAAAGGAACAGAACAAAAAUGCGGCCACGCGCUACCGCCAGAAGAAAAAGGCCGAGAUCGAGGAAAUUCUUGUCGAAGAGAGCAAACUGCAAGAGAGGAAUGAGGAGCUGAAGAGCAAGUCGGCCGAUCUGAGCCAAGAGGUACGCUGUCUGAAGAAACUGAUGCGUGAAUUGUUUCAGGCCCGGGGAUUAAUCUAAGGGCACAGUGAAGCAAUCUCGUGAACUGACGUUUGUACUUUGGAUGCAUUCUUUCCCACAACUCAAAAACUCAAAAGUCAGUUCGACUCAAUAAAACGAACUAUCAGGUCCCACUAUCAUGUGAUCUCUUGAAAGAUAGAUAUCCGCGAUCAAAGAAUGGAAAUUAUUGCAACAAAAUACACAUAUUACCUUGCGUACCUUUUAGUAGACUGUAGGAUUCUUGUCGAUUGCGUAGGUGACACGAAAGAAUGCUAGAGACGGAUAGCCGGUGGGUGGGGAGUAUAACUGCUCCAUUCGAAGCUGUCCAGCAUUCACUCUGCAACCUUUCAUGCAUUGUAGUUUUAAAGCUCAUAAUCUAGUGGUUGUUUAUUCGGCAUCCAACGUCAAAUAUUUGGAUUUCUCUCUCUCUCGGAAAUAUUCUUUCUCGUGCCUGUUCAUUCCUUUCGCUGCAGUAGAGCGAGUUGUGCCGCAUCCGAUUGCGUAGAAGAAAGCUAACAAUUAGCGACGAUCGAGCGUGGAAUGGAGGGUUGUCGGCUAGCGUGCGCCAUGGAUAGCCAGUGUGUAGACACAGAUGAUGUUCAGAGAGGUGUGUCCACACAUGUUCGAGCAACAUCUGCUGCUCCUCUUUCGAUUAUUAUCAUUGCGGUUGGUCGUACGGAUAGUUUGACCUUCGGAAUCGGAUUUGUGCGACGCGAAUGUACUUGCAAUUUUACGGAUAAAGCCCCUCACCUAUGUAAGAAGCGCGCACGGACAAGAGCUAGACCGCGUGGAAGAAUGUUCGCGUAUGACGUUCAGAUUCGAGGCUGGACCAAAGCUCUGCGAACAGACCGUUCCACCCGGGAUGGGCCUCUUGUACGGUGCGCUUCCGUCGGGAACGUAUUGGAUUCCGUUACCACCAAUCGAGGUGCGUCGAGCAUCGAUAGCCCGCGUGAGAGAUUUGAUUUUAAUCCGGUUAUGAUAGGGAUAACGCAACAACUUAUAUUCAAAUGAUUUUUUUUUAUUAAAAGCACGUUACGUUCAAAAUAAUAUCUUUAAUCUGCAUCUUUUACUAUCAUCAACACAAAAAGGCACAAAAUGCGGGCUAUAAAGUUCAAUACGAUUCUCCCACGAUGCGACAUUGGAAAUACGAGGGCGCUAAACAAUCGUCAAGAUUACAGAAAAUAAAUCCUUCUAUUUUUACAAAGGAA